CUCCUGCACCGGUCGCCCAAUGGCUCACCCCGGCUAAUGGGGACGUCACAAGUGCCGGUCUGCCCAUCCUAAAAUGUUGCUCGGGGGGGGAGCUAGUGGUCUUGAGAAUCGUCUAUUUCAGUGAGGAAUCCGGCGAGGGCUUUAAAAUGGCAAGUGCAGUGGUUGUGAUCCCAGACUCCAUCCACGAUAAGAGCAGCCGUAUUUAUUUGGUGAACUGGUACAACAACCUGCUGAAGACAAACUUCAAAGAUGUGCAAGACAUGGGUUCAGGUGCAUGUCACUGUCAGAUCAUGGACCGUAUUAUUCCAGGCUCUAUUGACAUGACGAAGGUGAAGCUUGAUGCACAAGGGGAGGAUGACUGUAAGCAAAACUUCAGUCUCCUACAUGAGGCCUUAAGCAAGAACGGUGUCACAAAGAUUAUUCCAAUUGAGGAGCUCAUUCAAGGGGAUUUUAAAGCGCACUUUGACCUCCUGAAGUGGUUCAAACGUUUCUACACCACAAAUGAUCAAAAUAAAAAAUACGACCCUGUGAAAGCUCGGAACAGCCAGAAUAUCAUCCCUAUUCUGGUACCUCACAAAUUGACCAAAGCGGCUCAGCAGGUUUUUACCCGGGAUCUGAAUAAUUCUGCAAUGUCUUCUGAGAGGGAGGACUUAACAGAAAGCGAGUCUGACCUCGCGUCUGACGGCCCUCUCUCGGACUCCACCGCACAGCCCUCAGCUCAGACUGAAGACCAGAAUGGCCUUAAUGUGGAAGUGAAGCAGUGUGAAGUUCGCCUCACAAAGAUACAUCAAAAUGGCGACACUACUGGAGAGAACGGCGCCGAGUGGAAAGGGAUGGCUGUUAGGGGAGGGCAUGGCUUGGAGAGCAGCUUGCGCCAGAAGCCACCGACCCGUACACUGUUUCAGGCUGGUGGUAAAACCAUCUCCAGCCCCAGAGGGGUUGAUAAGGACAGCAAAAGGGGUCUGGAGUCCCAAGAUGAGGUGGCAGAAGAGACAUCACCCCUCAAAACCACACCGAGAGGACGACGGAAGACGGCCUAUCAGGAUGGGAAAGGGUUUCCGACAGGUGAGCUGGUGUGGGGGAAAGUGAAAGGCUUUUCCUGGUGGCCUGGGAUGGUGAUGCCUUGGAAAACCAAGUCAUCGCCCCUGGGAAUGAGAAGAGUGGAGUGGUUCGGAGACGGGAUGUUCUCAGAGAGCUAUACGGAAAGUCUGUUGACAUUUAGGAACUUCAAUAAGUGCUUUUGCAAGAAUUCCUUUGCCAGCUUGCCCAUCUACAAGGAAGCCAUCUACCAGAUUAUUGAGUUGGCGAGUGAGCGAUGCGAGAAGUCUUUUGUUGAGGCGGAAGGAAAUAAAGAAAAAGAGCUGAAGUUGAUGCUGGACUGGGCUUCUGGGGGAUUUCUGCCUUCUGGACCUGAAGGAUUCUCACCUCCUGAUGCUGCAGCACAUCAAGAUUCUUCGGAUUCUGCAAUGUCCGACAACCAGCCUCCAGCAAAAAGGAAAUAUGUUUAUAAAAAUAAGGCAAAUACACCCGUAAUCACCUACAACAAAGAAUCAAUAAGAGAAAUGGUCAAAGAAAAAGGCAGAAAAAUUGAAGAUUUCUGUUUGAGCUGUGGAUCAUUGGAGAUUGAAGUGCAGCACCCGUUGUUUGAAGGUGGUCUCUGUCUGAAAUGCAAGGGGAACUUCACAGAGACCCUGUAUCGCUACGAUGAAGAUGGCUACCAGUCGUAUUGCACCGUGUGCUGUGCCGGCUUAGAGGUCAUUCUGUGUGGCAACGCCAGCUGCUGCAGAUGCUUCUGUAAGGACUGUCUGGAAAUCCUGGUGGGCCCGGGAACCUUUGACGAGCUGAAAGAUGUCGAUCCAUGGAGCUGCUACAUGUGCAAGCCAUCACUGUGCAAAGGAAACCUCAAACUCAGACCAGACUGGAGCGUCAAGGUUCAGGACUUCUUUGCCAACGACAGCGCCAUGGCGUUUGAGCCUCACAGAGUCUACCCCUCCAUCUCCGCUGACCAGCGUCGACCAAUCAAGGUGCUCUCGCUUUUUGACGGCAUUGCAACAGGCUACCUGGUGCUCAAAGACCUGGGCUUCAAGAUCGAACGCUACAUCGCUUCAGAGAUUUGUGACGAUUCAAUCACCGUGGGGAUGAUCAAGCACGAGGGAAAGAUUGAAUAUGUCAACGACGUUCGUACCAUCACAAGGAAACACUUGGCCGAAUGGGGUCCGUUUGAUCUCCUGAUUGGAGGCAGUCCGUGUAACGACCUGUCCAUGGUCAACCCUCUUAGAAAAGGUCUAUUUGAGGGCACUGGAAGGCUCUUUUUUGAGUUCUACCGCCUUUUGACCUUGUUGAAGCCAAAGGAGGGCGACGACCGUCCGUUCUUCUGGUUGUUUGAGAACGUGGUUUUCAUGAGUGCCAACGAUAAAUCAGAUAUCUGCAGAUUCCUAGAGUGUAAUCCUAUUUUGAUCGAUGCAGUGAAAGUUACUCCUGCCCACAGAGCUCGUUACUUUUGGGGAAACCUCCCUGGAAUGAACAGACCUCUCGCUACGUCUCUUGAUGACAAAGUGGGCCUCCAGGAUUGUUUGGAAGGCGGACGCAAGGCAAUGUUCGACAAAGUCCGCACCAUCACAACAAAGUCCAACUCUAUUAGGCAAGGAAAGAUGGGUCCACUUCCUGUCACCAUGAACGGCAAAGAGGACUACCUGUGGUGCACCGAAAUGGAACAGGUCUUUGGAUUUCCCAAGCACUACACAGACGUGAACAACAUGGGCCGCGCGCAGAGGCAGAGAGUCCUGGGUCGCUCCUGGAGUGUCCCCGUCAUCCGUCACCUCUUCGCCCCGCUCAAGGAUUACUUUGAAUGUGAAUAACGACUGUGAGGCGAGCAGCAGCGGUAAACCUCCUGCCUUAUCCCCGCCCUGCUUCACUAGCCAGUUCAAACUCUCCAGUAUUUCUAUGAAAGUCUCAAUUCAGAAUCUACUAUUUGGACUUGUAGUGUUUACGUAUGAGCUCCUUUAAUGCUGUGAGCUGUCAGUCAUUCAGGACCCUCCAUCACCAACCGGCACAAACAGUUCACGUUUCCUCUGAUAAAUGAUGCUGCUGUAAUCAGACAUCAUUUUGCAGGGAACAUUGGUCUGAACCACGAAGCGAGUUUAGGCGGCUGCUCAGCCAUCUCUGGGCUUAUUUCUGUUUAUACAGUAUUGCACAGCCGGUUCUUCUUCUUUCAGGGGAAGAUGGCUAUGGUAACCUUUCAAUAACGCAAUUACUUCUUAUUGCUACAGGAUCCCAACAUGAACCACUGAAUUUGCAAUGAAGCCAUAAAGUUGCAAAUAGAGACAUUUUAUAGAUCAGUAGAAUUAAUUUGCGUGACAGCUAUUUUUAAUAAUUAUGAUUAAUCGGUGCUUUUACAGCAAUAUGAACUUGACUAGUUCUACUAAGAACUACUUGAACCUAUUUUAGGUCAGUCAUUUAUCCGUAGUUGUUUGUUUAUCGUUGGACAAAGGUUUCGUCCUAACAUUUUAUCUUUUUUAAGGUCGGCUAUUUAUACCAAAAAAUUAUUUCUGCUUAAUCUUUGUUAACAAGAAGCUGUGAGUAUUUUUUAGUAUUAAUAUUUCCACUUGAGUGUCUUCAAUAUUACUGUAAGAAGGUCAGGCUUAAACAGGACGUCGUGGAUGUUCAACUUGCAGUAAACGAUCGAAUUUGAGAUUUCGCUCAUUUUCAAUAGAAAAAAACGUUUUUUUAUUAACUAUCAAAAAUGGUAAAAACAAUAAAUAAGUAUUACAAAAUAAAUGAAUAAAUUAUGAAACAAUAACUCAAGUAAAAAUAAUAAGAAAUUGAAAAUACUUUGAAUGUUUU